UUCUCUAUAUAUACACACACCAUACAAAUCAAAACUAUUCCUAGCUAGCCAGGAGAUUUAAAAUGUUUAAACUUCUCUUUCUCUUGGGUAUCUUCAUCUUGGGCAGCAAUGCUGCUGUCCAAGAUUUCUGCGUCGCAGAUCUCAAAGGCCCAGAAUCACCUGCUGGCUAUUCUUGCAAAAGUGUAGCCAAUGUAACAGUCGACGAUUUCGUGUUUUCUGGGCUUAGUGCAGCUGGAAACACAGCAAGCAUAAUCAAAGCUGCAGUUACACCAGCAUUUGCAGCCCAAUUUCCAGGCCUUAAUGGGCUUGGGCUUUCUGCAGCCCGUUUGGACUUAGCUCCAGGUGGUGUGAUUCCAUUUCACACUCACCCUGGUGCUUCUGAAGUUUUACUUGUAAUUCAAGGUUCAAUUACAGCUGGUUUUGUUUCUUCAGCAAAUGCUGUUUACUUAAAGACACUUAAAAAAGGUGAUCUUAUGGUAUUUCCACAAGGUUUAUUGCAUUUUCAAGUGAGUGAUGCUGGUUACACUUCUGUUGGUUUUGUAUUCUUUAGCAGCUCUAGUCCUGGACUUCAGAUAACAGAUUUUGCCUUAUUUGCUAAUGAUUUGCCAACUAAGUUGGUAGAAGCUACCACUUUCCUAGAUGAAGCUACAAUUAAGAAGCUCAAGGGUGUUCUUGGAGGCACUAACUAAGAAUCUACCAAUGAAGUAGCAGCUGUUUAUCCUUUACUUUUCUUUUGUUUUUUCAGUACUUUCCCUGUCUGUACUUCUUGUUGACAAUUGGAUUUUGUGAUUUGUGUUGUUUAAGAUUCUUUUUGUAAGUGCCAUGUUUUUCUGAAGUUAGUUUCUGUUGUUUGAU